AUGAUGAAACGCAAGCGCGACGCACCCAAGCCCUUGACCGGCCUCGAGAGCGCAGCGAUGGACAUAGUGGUGGAACAAGACGGAUCGAGCACGCCAACUGAAGACCCCGCGGCGGCGGAAUGGACUGCGUUUGCCCAGGACUACUACGAGUUGGUGGAACAGCUGCCACUCUCGAUCCACCGGUCCUACUCGUUGAUGCGAGAGUUGGACGACCUUGCCCAGGACAACACGGCCCGUAUCCUGCCUGCCACACGGGCGUACAUUGCGCUGCGAGACUCGCUGGGUGCAAAGCCGAGAGGACAUCGGCGGGCGCCGUCUGGGCUAGACUUGCUUGCCCAUGUUUCGGCCGUGGUCGAGCCGCCUACUGUGUCGACCCCACCACCCAACCUGACCAACGGCGCUGGGGUAACGCACGGACCAAUCACCAACGGCCAAGUGAAUGGACAUGUAGAGAGCGACAGGCGAACAGAGGUCGAGAAUGGAGCGAGUGUGCCCACGUCGGCUGUAGAUCCAACACCGACCUCGCCAGCACUCGGAUCUACGAACCCUCUUCCCACCGACACUCGCCACAUCAUAGACUCCAAGUUGCCUGCCAACACCGAACAGCCCGGUUCGAGCUCGGUGUGCAACAAUCCAUCAUCGGACAACUUUCCACACGAUACUCGCAAAUUGCUCACUCUCAUCGCCACACUUGCCUCGGACGCUGUUCGUGCAUCGUCCGAGAAACUAGGAAUUGCAAACGCAGUAUACCACUCUGUGCGUUUCCGUCGACAACCACCUCACUGCCCUCAACGCCCUCAUUACUCAGCACAAGUCCACGCUCCCCCAUCCCCCACGCCGACCCCUCCCGUCGAAUCACCCGCACCUAUCCAGCUUGUUUCCUCGCCCUCCAUCAAACUCCGUCCUCGUCGCCUCAGCACACAGGCCAAGCACCAGGAAGAGGGUGAUGGUCCAGAGGACGAUCAACAAGGCACCAUCCCUCCGUUGAAAAUAACCCGCACGCCAACCACAAUUCGCAUCCGGAACAAGUCCAAGGGAAAGGACGAGUCCAGACAGCGUGGUGUCUCCAUCUCUGGGAGUACAUCUAAUCACAACUCGAAUGCCAAAACUGCUGGGUCAAACAAAACACCCAAGGUUCCUCCCCCAACCCCCAGGAAAUCCACCGGGGCUGGGGCAGUAAACGGCAAACCGCCCGGAAACAAGAAUAACAGCAAGAAGACUGCGACGGACGAGAUAUACUGUUUCUGUGGCGAGGGCUCAUUUGGAGAGAUGAUUGCAUGCGAUGCAGAUGGCUGCGAGCGAGAAUGGGCAAGUCUCAAAGUCGUUCCAGAGGAAAACGAAGAGUGGUUCUGCGCCGAUUGUAAAAAGGCCGGUACUACCACGGUCCCGGUUGCCAAGAAACGGCGACGACGAUGA